GAGUGAAAACUCAGUUCGGAAAGUCCGUACUUUUAGCCUUACCGGUAGUCUUUGCAAACUCCCAAUCCAUCAAGGAAACGUUGGUAGUUUGCGACGUUUCGUCGGUUACCUUGCAGCUUGGGUCCUGAAGUACUGAGUGCCUGCCUUCUAAUACCACUAGCUAGUUCUAGCCGCACCAAGCAAUCAGCUACGCUGGGAGUGCGGCUUCAGGCAGACAACCACGAAGAAUCAGUGACACUUGAAUUCGAUAUUUGGCUGUUUGUAUAGUUAACGGCGAACGACGUUGUAAAGAUGGGGUCGCUUUUCCGCUCGGCGGAGAUGACCUUAGCCCAGCUCUAUCUUCAAUCGGAUUCCGCAUACCAAUGUCUGGAUCAGCUGGGAGAGUUGGGACUGGUGCAGUUCAGAGAUCUCAAUCCGGAUGUGAACUCUUUCCAGCGCCGCUAUACUGAUGAAAUACGGCGUUGCGAUGAAAUGGAGAGACGAUUACGAUUUCUGACCAAGGAAAUCGAAAGAGCUGGCAUCACAAUAUUGGAGAAUGCCGAAGAAGCCAAUGCGCCGCUCCCAUCGGACAUGCUGGAGAUGGAGGAACGAUAUGAAAAACUGGAAGCUGAGAUUCGAGAGAUCAACACCAACCAAGAGCGACUGAAUCGCAACUGUCUUGAACUGACCGAGCUAAAGCACAUUAUCCGCCAAACAGUGAACUUCUUUGCCGAGGCUGAGCAAGCUUUUACCGGUGCUCCAGCCGACCUCAACUUCUCCAUGUCCCAUGAGGAGGAGCGAGGACUUAUGGAUGACAAUCAGCAGCGCAGUCGGCCACUACAGUUUCUUGCUGGUGUGAUUCACCGUCAGCGCUUGGCAGUCUUUGAGCGGCUGCUGUGGAGGGCAUGUCGCGGUAAUGUCUUCCUGCGCUAUCAAGAGUUGGACGAAGAGAUCAACGACCCAUCAACCGAUGAGCUCAUGUUGAAGAGCGUUUUUGUCAUCUUCUACCAAGGAGAACAGCUUCAUGCACGCGUCAGGAAGAUCUGUGAAGGAUUCCGUGCCACCAUAUACCCGUGCCCGGAGUCGGCCUCUGAACGUCGUGAAAUGAUGAUGGGUGUAGCUACACGUGUUGAAGAUGUGACCACUGUGCUCAACCAAACCAGAGAUCACCGUCACCGUGUACUGCAGGUCAUCGCGCAGAACAUCCACGUCUGGUCCACAAAGGUGGAAAAGAUGAAGGCCAUCUACUACACGCUGAACCUGUUCAACGUGGACGUCACCCAGCAAUGUCUGAUUGGUGAAUGCUGGUGUCCAGUUGGUGACCUGGAUGCCAUUCAGUAUGCUUUGCGACAAGGACAUGAACGCAGUGGCGCAGCAGUGGCUCCCAUUCUCAAUGUGGUGGACACGCAAAUGAACCCGCCAACCUACAACAAAGUGAACAAGUUCACCACGGGCUUCCAGAACAUCAUUGACGCGUAUGGCGUGGCCACCUAUCAGGAAGUCAACCCAGCCCCGUUCUCCAUCAUCACCUUCCCGUUCCUGUUCGCCGUGAUGUUUGGUGACUGCGGCCAUGGUCUGCUGAUGUUUCUUUUUGCCCUGGCCCUCGUCGUGAAGGAGAAGCAGCUGGCGAGUUACAAGGGAGGCGGCGAGAUCUUCGGUACGUUCUACAGUGGCCGCUAUAUCAUUCUCUUCAUGGGCCUGUUCUCCAUGUACACCGGGCUGCUGUACAACGACUGCUUCUCCAAAUCAUUCAACAUCUUCGGAUCCUCGUGGCAUGUCAGUACUAGACCAACCCGGGAUAGUCCCGAUGUGAUUUACCUUGCCCCUGAAGACAUGGACACGCGCAAUCCCUAUCCAUUUGGCAUUGAUCCAAUCUGGCAGGUUGCCGAGAACAAACUUACGUUCACCAACUCUUACAAGAUGAAAAUGUCCGUGAUCCUCGGCGUCACGCAGAUGAUGUUUGGUGUUGUUCUGGGCGCAUUUAACCAUGUGUUCUUCAAGAAGUAUCUGAACAUAUUUGCCAGUUUCAUUCCGGAGGUGAUCUUUCUGGGCAGCUUGUUUGGAUACUUGGUAGUUAUGAUCAUCUUCAAGUGGGUUACAAUAGAUUCAACCUUCAAUUCCAACUUGUCUGGGGCUCCUCAGCUGUUGCUGAUGCUUAUUAACAUGUUCCUGAAGUUUGGAUCGACCUACAACCCGGAUAGCUACGAAGACCAAGCGGAAAGGUUGUAUGACGGACAGAAAACGGUGCAGACCUUCCUGGUGGUGAUCGCAGUACUCGCUGUUCCGUGGAUGCUUCUGACCAAGCCGAUCGCACUAUCCGUCAUGAAGCGCAUGAAGCGUAAAUCGUCAUAUGUGGAGUUUGACAAGAUGGAAACCGACGCCAAGUUUGAAGAAGGAGACGAGGCUGAUGAAGAAGGCAAUGAUCAUUCGGACAACAUCGGCGACAUAUUCAUCCACCAAGGCAUCCACACCAUUGAGUUCUGCCUGGGUUGCGUGUCCAACACUGCAUCCUACCUGCGUCUCUGGGCUCUCAGCCUGGCCCAUGCUGAAUUGUCUGAAGUCUUGUGGGAGAUGAUGUUUCACCUUGGCUUGAAGCAGCCAAGCCUGCUGGGCAUCUUCGCUGCCUUUGGCACAUUCUUUAUCUGGGCAGCCUUGACCAUUGCCAUUCUUCUGAUCAUGGAGGGUCUGUCGGCAUUCUUGCAUGCCCUGCGUUUGCAUUGGGUGGAAUUCAACAACAAAUUUUAUGCCGGGGAAGGCUACAAGUUCCAGCCAUUCUCCUUCAAGCUGAUCCUGGAAGGAGGACAGGAGGACUGAGCAGAUGUUUGCAGCGAAGCACUACUAUUCCACUCAUUAUCAGCAUUACUUCAAGUUGGGCCAGAUGGCAUUACAUAGGAUUGCAUGAUCGUCUAAAGCAGUUAUCCCUAGCAGUACAAGGCCUUUCAGAGUUUUUCUCGUAUAUAUAAUGACGGUAUGCCAUUGUAGCCGAUCAGUUCUUAGCAGUAUCAUUAUUACAUUGGUUUUCUCGAAAGACAAGCAUGUCUAGGACGUGCAAUGUACAAGUUAUGCUUGUGACACAUACGUCAUAAUCAAGAAUUACCGUCUGAAAAAGUCGUAUCACUAUAACUAGUCUUCUCUCAACCAUUCAAGAUCCGGAUUGCAGCAUAGUUCAACAAGCCUUUCUGCAAUCGUUUACUCUUCCAAGCAAGCAGCGUGUAUUACCUUGCAGCAUUUUCACUGUAAUAAUUAUGUAACACUGGCAUUGACUCAAGUAUCUCCGCUAUUUCUAUGUUCACCUGUAUACCAUAACUUUGCUCAUUCAGGCUGAAUCUGACAUUAAAAUUAUAUAUAAUAUUAAUUUUCUCAUAGCUUUGAAAUUUGGUUAACGUGAACUUUGUGUUGCCAUGACAAUCAAAGGUAUGAAUGCUA